CUCAACGAAAAAGUAAGAACCGAUCGGAAACGGAGCAUUUUACCCAAAACCCAAAAUCUUUCUCUCUCUCUGUGUUUUGACGAAUCAUAGAGAUGAAGAUUUUCACCUUCCUCCGCCGUCUCCGCCAUCUCCGAUGAUUCGUCGUCAACCGCCGUUAUGAUUCUACCGAAUAUGCUUCCGCCAACUUAUUCGGCUAUGAACUCGAAGUUAUGUAUUCAUCGAUCAUCGCCGGGAUUUGAUCUGGUUCCGAUUUCUCGGUUUCAGAUUAUCAGAGUCGCGUCUAUGUCCGUCUCGUGCGGCUCACUAACAUGUAGAGCCUCUAUGUGUACGCCUUUUAAUUCUGGAAAAUCGUUCUCGUUGCCGAUUAUGGUGGAGAGGAAAGGAGGAGAGAUUGAGGUUAAGGUUUCAUCAGAGAAGUCGAAAUUCGAGAAGUGUGUGAUGAAAAAAGAGAUGAUGAUGGAGGAGAAAGAGGCGUGUGGAGAUUUUGAGGUGGAAUCCGUGCCGGAGGUUCCGGUCGGCGGUGGAGUUGGAAGCGGAGGUGGCGGUGGUGAAAAUUGGUUCGGUGAUAGCAAUGGAGAUUCAGGUCGGGGAAGUGGAAGUAUGGAUGAGUAUUAUCAGAAGAUGAUCGAAGCUUAUCCUGGCGAUGCUCUAAUCUUAAGCAAUUACGCGAGGUUUCUGAAAGAGGUGAAAAAGGAUGCAGUGAAAGCUGAAGAAUAUUGUGAGAGAGCGAUCUUGGCGAAGCCAAAUGAUGGAAAUGUUUUAUCUCUCUAUGGAGAUUUGAUAUGGCAAACUCAUAGAGAUGAAGAUCGUGCUCGUACUUACUUUCAUCAAGCUGUUAAUUCAUCCCCUAAUGACUGUUAUGUUCUGGCUUCAUAUGCUAAGUUUCUGUAGGAUGCUGGAGAUGAAGAUGAGUCUGAAGAAGAAGAAGUAGAGAUUACUUAAAACAAAAGCAAACCCUUCUCAACCAGAUUCCAAUAUGAAAGCAAGAAUGUCAAAGUAUGAACUCCAUGAAUUAGAUCUAAAGAUGACCCUUUAUUAGCUGAACCCUAAUUGGACAUUUUGUAAUAAUGUCUCCUUUUUGUAACAUGUUUCUAAAAUUCCAAUGUUAUUAAUAGUUUACUAA